AUAAAUUCUCUCAGGCUCAGCACAUCGAGAGCUCGUCAAAUGGCAACACCGCUGAUCCCGAAGACGACGCUCCCAGUCGGCUCCCACUGAUCGCUUCUAGAACCUUCCAGAAGGCUCCGGCCCGCCAUGGCCGCGCCCUUCUUCUCAACGCCCUUCCAGCCGUAUGUCUACCAGAGCCAAGAGGGAUCUGUGACGGCGUUUCAGAUAUCCGGCGGAGAUGUGCAGGUCCUGCAGGUGAUGGUGAAGUCACAGGAGAAGUUGACUGCGAAACCCGGUACAAUGUGUUACAUGUCCGGGAACAUCCAGAUGGACAAUAAUUACUUACCUGAAAACGAUGGAGGCGUGUGGCAGUGGAUGUUUGGAAAAAGUAUAACCAGCACUGUUUUCUUCAAUCCUGGCCCUGAUGAUGGAUAUGUUGGGAUUUCUGCGCCAUUCCCUGGGAGGAUACUGCCUAUAGAUCUAGCGAACUUUGGUGGAGAACUUCUUAGCCAGGCAGAUGCUUUUCUCUGCUCGGUCAAUGACGUGUCAGUCACAAGUACACUUGAUCAGAGGCCGCGCAACAUUGAAAUUGGUGCAGAGAUGAUACUCAAACACAAACUUAGGGGUCAAGGGAUGGUCUUUCUUGUCGGUGGUGGAGCAGUAAUGCAGAAAAUUCUUGCUCCCCGGGAGGUAAUUACUGUUGAUGCUGGUUGUAUUGUGGCUAUGACAACCACCAUCAACUUUCAGUUAAAGAACCCUACCCAACUGAGAAGAGCAGUCUUCGGGGGCGACAACCAGCUGAGAGCAUCUCUCACAGGACCCGGUGUCGUUUUCAUUCAGAGCCUACCCUUCAAUCGGCUCUCACAGCGCAUCGCGAGUAGAUCGGUGGCGGCCCCAAGUUUGAGAGACAACCCCAAGUUCUUCAUCCAGAUCGUCAUGUUCUUCUUCCUCGCAUAUGUGAUGAUUGUAUCGUCAAUAAUUCUGACAGAUGUUUAGAUGAUGCUGCGACGAGCAUUCUGUGUAAUCCUCUUAGAGAUGUUCAUUGAAAGUUGGAAGAGUAAAAGUUGUUACAGCUUACAGAAGAAGCAUAAGCAUUCUCCUCUCCCCUUGUAGAUGUUCUGGGUCUGAGUAAGCUUGGGAAGAAAUUGUGCAUUUGUUGUUAGAAAACAUAGCUGCUGGGAGCUCAUCAGGUUUUUUUUUGUAACAUGGGUCUUACUGUUGGUGUGUAGAGACAAGCAAGCUCAAGUUGCACAUCAUAUGGUGAAUAUAGACAUUCACUCAAACUCCGUUGUCUAGUUCCAUUUGGUAGUAAUAUUUCUGUACUGCAUAUAUUGUCAA